GGCAGUGGAUAGUUUCUGUGAACUAAUGUUGAAGAUGGCUAAAUCUUUAAGCUACAAAUUCACGGUUAGCAAACAUAAUGAGGACGUAUAGUGAGGAAAAUUUGCACGUUUACCAUGUACAAGAUGCUCUCAAAAUGUUUUAUAUAUAUAUUAUGAAUGAUAUUAAACGCCGUUUCAUGAAGAUUCUGUCUCUGAGUUGAAGUAGCCUGGGCCCGCCCAUCCUAAGCGUGAUGCAACACGAGGGCCUGUUGCGAGCUUAGUCUGGCCAGGCAAGCUAUCUACAGCUCUUCCAAGCUCCGGAAAAAUCGGGAGCCAAUCAACUUUGAGCAUCUCCAACGGCCCUGGGUAGAGGCGUGUUCAAGGCAGUGACGUAGUAGAACAGCGACCGGAAGCCAUAGAUUGUUUACAGAAUCAUGCUGUAUUGAAAGCAUUCAACGGGAAGUUCUCAUUGAAAACGGAGCAAAGAGCAGCCCUGGAGGUAUUUAUUGAAAGGAAGGACGUUUUCGCCUUGCUCCCGACCGGCUUCGUUUCUCUGAUGCCAUCAUGGAAGGAGGUCAUUAUGUCACCAUUCAUGGCCUAAACAUUACCCACAGUCCUCCUCUGUCAGUGCCAGUCAUGUCCAUCGGCAGACUGUUCCCGGCGCUGCUCGGGUGUUUCAGUAUCAUCCUGUGUGGCUACGUGGCAGGCCGCGGUGAGAUCAUCGGCGUGGGACAGACCCAGAGCCUGGGCAGCUUCGUGUCAUGCUUUGCGCUUCCGGCGCUGCUCUUUAGGAACAUGGUGCAGCUCCAGUUCAGCAACGUGGUGUGGUCGUUCCUGUGGAGCGUCCUGAUCGCCAAGGUGUGCGUGUUUGCGCUGGUGUGUGUCCUCACGCUGCUGGUGGCGAGUCCGGAGGGUAGGUUUGGGAAAGCGGGGCUGUUUGCCAUCUUCGCCACGCAGAGUAAUGACUUUGCACUGGGAUAUCCGAUAGUGGACGCUCUGUACCACAGUUCUCACCCUGACUACACACAGUACCUGUAUUUGGUGGCUCCGGUGUCUCUGAUGCUGCUGAAUCCGGUGGGCUUUGCUCUGUGUGAGCUCCAGCGUUGGAGGCAAAGCCCUGAUCACAGCCACAGCAAGCUGCACGUCGUCUCGACUGUCCUUCUGCGUGUGUUUAAGAAUCCGAUCGUGUUCAUGGUCCUGAUCGGGAUUGUGUCUCAGUUCCUGUUCGGGGGGCGUGUCCCUCUGUUGCUAGGGGAGUUUGUGGAUGGAUUGGCAGACUCGUUCGGAGGGGCAGCGCUCUUUUACCUGGGCUUGACGAUGGUGGGCCAGAUGGGUAGAGUUACCCGUUCAACAGGGGUCACUCUUAUUUUACUCCUCACGGCUAAACUUCUCUUGAUGCCGUUGAUAUGUAAAGACAUGCUGGAGCUCUUGGAUGCAGCCAACUCCAGUUCAGUGAACCACACUAGUCUGUCGGACUACGCCUUCCUGUACGGCGUCUUCCCCACUGCACCCAGCGUGGCCAUUUAUGCCGCUCAGUACAACAUGCAGCUGGAGGUGGUGACCUCCGGUAUGGUUCUCAGCAUGUUACUGUCCGCACCCAUCAUGUACCUGUCAGCUUGGUUACUCUCCAUCCCCUGGAUGGAGGCAACGCACCUGAUCUUUGAGCUACAGGAGGUCAGCUUUAACACCAGCAUCAUCAGCAUCAUCACACUGGUGUGGACCGUUGCCGUCAUGGUGCUCAGCAAGAAAUUCAAGAGGUUUCCUCAUAUGUUCACAACAAACCUUUUCCUCGCUCAGCUCUUGGUGUGUGUGUCAGUGAGCUUGUGGAAGUUUGUGGUUCAGCAAGACAAUGUUCUGGGACGGAUCCUCAUUUUCACACUCCUCUAUGGAGCUCUGUAUAGCACCUAUGUUUGGACGGGUUUGAUAGCGUUCUCUCUCACCCUGCUGAAGAAGAACGAACAGCUCAAAGUUCCACCCGUUGUCUUCAUCGCCCUCGGCUGGGGACUGCCGUUUCUGAUUGUGGGCUUGUUGCUUGCGGUUGGUGAGAGAGUGAGCGACACCACUGAUGCCACUUUCUUCUACGGCAAGUGGCAGAUCAUCAUCAGCGUGGUGGUUUUGAGCUGUAGCAUCCUUCUUGGCGGCGCGUCUCUGGUGGGUCUCAGUCAGGGAUCUCAGGAGGAGCAGAAUUACCACAUCCUGGAGCAGAGCUCAAUGUUGGGCACCACAGAAGACGUCAGAAUCCCGGCUCAACCCGAGGAUCACGGCUCAGCAGAGUUCACGCCGUCACACAGCAGUACGAACAGAGGUGUAGCACUGAAUGAAGCAUCCACGUGUGCACAUGUGCAGGAAGAGAGACAGGUGGCACGACAUGUGCUGCUCUGUCUGCUGCUCAUUGUCAGCCUACUCGCAAACCUGUCCAGCUGCCUCUGGUGGCUUUUAAACAGCGAUCCUGGACGGCUUUAUCUCGAGCUGCAGUUCUUCUGCGCUGUGGCCAAUUAUGGACAGGGUUUAAUAUCUUUCGGGAUAUUCGGGCUGGAUGAGCAUCUCAUUAUUUUACCGUUUAAAAAGAAGCUGGCAGCACUGUUGGGUGGAAGACAGGAAACCAGUCGAGCUCCAUCCACCGUUCCUGAAGAGAUACGGCUGACUUGCACGCAGUUUGUCCACUACCGUAAAAAUCAGUGUGUGCAUGGCAUUGUACACAAGAGAAGUGGAUCAGCUGACUCUUCCUCAGGAUCAGUGGGUGAAUCCUUGCUUUGAUUGACAGGUGUGCUACUGAUUGCUUCCUGAACAGUGAGCUUGUUAGUUGACUACUGCGCCUAGGUGUGGUCAGAGACAGAGGUACUGCCUCUUUCUACAGAGGACUUUCACUGACGUCAUGGGUUUUUGUUUAUGUACCGGGCAAACAAAGAAUCAUAGCUGGGCCAUUCUCAGAAAAUUUGACAUUCAGUUUUUAAUGUGAAGUUUGUUUUUUCUCUAAAACCAUUAAUCCUGGUCCUCUAUUAUACAUUUAUUUUCAUAAAUAAUUUAACAGAGCAGUAAAAAAAAAAAUAUUGAGACAACUUGUCUGCAUUUGCAAAAAUUUUAUUUAGCCUAAAUAUACCAAAAUGUCAUUACCGCCACGUGUCUAAAUGAGGAUUAGUGAAUUCUGAAUGAAAAUAAUUCCUUUGUUUUGAAUUGUAUUUUCACUUUUCUUUCUGAAAUAUUACCUCUAUACCUUCACUUUUUAUUGUGGGAAAUAUCAUAAUCUUUGCUUCAAUGGUUUUUGGUGUAUAGCUUAAAAUAUAUGCGCAAGAAUGUGUACUUUCUUGAUGCCUUUACCGUUACCCAAAUGGUAAACUCAUGCUGUAACUCAGGGCUUUGACAAUAGAGGGCAGUGCAGCUACAUGAGGAAGGACCACGAUGUUGAGCAGCCAUUUUGAAAAAAAAAAAUCACUGGUGCAUGAAUGUUGGAAUCCAGGAAACUGAUUGGGUAAAUAUGAAAUUUUGAGAUAUCAGGGAAAUUAACCGUCUUUGCCGUUACCCUCAAAUGAUAAAGAUAAUGAUGCUGCAUGUUGAAAAAGUUUAGUUAGCCAAGUAGCAAGUUAGGUUGGGAUAAUAAAUGCAUAAUUUAUAUUUUAUUUUUGCACUCAGUGACCCAAAAAUGCCAUCAGAUGUCUUUACCGUUAUCCAGUGUUGUCUUUACCGUUACUCUAUAGGGUAAUGGUAAAGAUAACAAUUGGGCAUUAUUUUUUUCAUGAUGAUGAUGAUAUCUCUUGCUUUGUGAAUUCAUGAAAUAUGCUUUUUUUUUGGUCUAUUAAAUAUAUUUACAGGGAUUAUAACUAAAAUUAGUCUAUACAAUUUUUUUUUUUUAAACGUCUUUACCGUUUGUAACAGUUCGUGUGGGUGGAGCACAGAAAGACGGCAGGCCAGAAUUAAGUUCCACAAACUCUUUAUUUUUAGUCUUUUCAGACGUUCUACUCUCUAGUCAUGCACGCACGCGCGCGCACACACACCAGUCGUCUGGUUGGGGAGAGAGCUUCCUUCCUCUGCUCUCUCUCUCUCUUCAUAUAGGGUGUGGUCACUGGGGAAGACACACAAACACAGAUUAACCAACAUCAGGUGCAGUGAUUCUGCCACUUACCUUCCCUGACUCCGCCCUCCGGUCACAGACCGACGCUUGACCACGCCCCCGCUGCCACACCAUUUUUCAUCACAUUUUCUGAGAAUGGCCCAGCUGCGACAGGUAAUGAAGAAAAUCGAGACGACUGCAGUCAGGACAAUCUCUCUGAAACAACAAAAAAAAUCAUUUUAUACCAGCAGAUCAUGUUACAUUAAAAAGCAGAAACAUGUAGGCGUCACAGAUCCAUUUAUAAUUUAUCCACAAAUAUAUUUAUUCUGCCCACUACGCUCUCGUGCUCUGUGUGUGUGUGUGUGUGUGUGUGUGUGCGUGCAUGCGCGGGGUUUAAAUGCAGAGGAGGAAUGUGACAAAAAUAAAGGUUGUUUCUUCUUAAUUGACCCAUGAAUGCAUUUAUUCCGAUUGAAAAGUGUUUGGCAAACCAGCUACCGGAUUUGGGAUACUACAAUAUCCUUAACUAUUUGGGAUUUCUAAAUACACCAGAGAUACUAAAGGCUUACAAAGUAUACAGUGCUGAGCGUAAAUGAGUACA